AGCCAGAUUCAAAGUGGCCUGCAGACUGCCCUGAACGCAUCUCUCAAAGCUGCUACAGAGCCCAGGAAGAUUCAAGGAUGAACGGCUUCCUCCUCUUCCUCACUAUCAGUCUUCUGGUUGUGGCUCAGAUCCAAACAGGAGUCUUGGGACAAGCCACUACGGCCGCUACUGAUAGGAGAAACACCACCAAAAAAACCUCUGGGAAACCCCCAAAGAAUGGGGCCUCAUCCAUCAUCGAUGCGGGUGCCUGCAGUUUCCUCUUCUUUGCCAAUACCUUAAUGUGCCUCUUCUACCUCAGCUGAGGUGAAGGCGUGGCUUCUGAAGCCCCACGCUCCACACACUGCUGCCACCAUCAGUAGCGAGAGACAUCCCAACCCAGUCCUUGGGAAGGGUUGACAGCAGAUAUCCAAGGAGGCUAAAGUUGACAGCCGAAGGCCGAAUGGGAGCGAGGGUGUGACACCCAGCUAGGGCACAAUAAAGUUAUACUUAUGCUUA